AUGGCGUACGCACGCAUCAACAAUGCACCACCACGCAUGAUGCCAAAUGGCACGAUGGGGAGCGUCAGCGUGGGCAUGCCUUCAGAUGUCUCCUCUUCACACAUGAGGAAACGCAGCAGAGCAGGAACUUUUGGCAGCGAUGAGACUGGAAGCCAAUUCAGCAGCGCUGGUCGCUUCGCAGGCGCUUCCGUCCCCGUCGCUGCGUAUUCAAAGGCAGCGGAGGCGGAUGAUGAGAUGGUGAGUGUCUAGGGCGAAGUUCAAGAGGGCUGGCAGGGCAGAGGACUCUUGAUCGAAGAGCAUCAGUCGCGAUGCUGGCAUGAAUACCGCGCAACGUCGACGGAACAUUUGACACGCUCGUCAUGCCCCCCUUUCCAUCCAGCACGAUCCGCGAAACGCAGACAAGCACUCGAGCGAAAUCGACUUGCGAGGCUUUCUCAACGUCUUGACCUUGGUGGUCAUCGGUGGCGCUCUCCUCGUCCUGUUCAUGGGUUAUCCACUCCUAUCCCAUUUCCUCGGCAAAAAGGACUCCACAAAGGGCGGAUUCAAUCUAGGAGGCACAAAUGGCACUGGUCAGGUUGGCAUCACGCCCGCCAUCAGGUCUAUAGUGGAUACCGACACGCCAGAGGCAGCUCACAAAUGGAAGGGCUACUUGGGCAAUUAUCACAUCGUCUUUAGCGAUGAGUUUGAAUUGCCCGGCAGGACCUUUUGGCCUGGAGAUGAUCCUUAUUGGGAGGCUGUAGACAUCUGGUAUGGAGCUACGGGUGAUUACGAAUGGUACUCUCCAGAAGCCGUCAACACCACAGACGGCGCUCUGGUCAUCACGAUGGAGGAGAAGCCUACACACAAUCUCAACUUUAGAUCCGGCAUGCUUCAAAGCUGGAACAAAUUCUGCUAUCAAGGAGGAUACGUCGAAUUCUCGCUUCAAAUGCCAGGAACGCAGCGCACGUCCGGCUACUGGCCAGCAGCGUGGACGAUGGCAAAUUUGGGUGGGUAAUCGAGCAUGAUCGGCACGGUCCCGCUUCGACCUCACUCAUGCUUCCUUUCCGAGCCUUUCAGGUAGACCGGGGUAUCUGGCAUCGACCGAUGUGCGUAGAUUGUGACAGGUGUCCUGAUGUCAAGCAGCCCCAUACUGACUUCUGCAUCGCCUUUCGCAAUCCGCCAACAAUGCUCAACAGGGGUGAGUACAAUGUCUGUGUCUCGUGGAGAAUCGCGUUUGACGUCGCUGUGACUGGCUUCUUUGCACUCUUCAAAUUCCAGAGUGAGAAUAUCGGACAUGUGUGCUGAGCGAUCGAGAAGCAUAGCUGACUCACAAAGGAUAAUCUCUGCUCAAAAAGAUGUGGCCUUACAGUUAUCAAGCUUGCGAUACGGGGGCCCUCCCGAAUCAGACCUACGUCAAUGGGAGCGGACCUCACUUAGCAAUUCACUCGACGGGGGAAUAUCAGCAUCCAAAAGGUAAGUCGAGUCCCAUGUUGCCGCACCACGCUGUUUCCUUUGGCACACAUCUGCGCAUAUGCUUUCAUGCUUUGCCACUAACAGAUGCUGAUGAUAGUGCGCUUCUUUGCUCUACACUUGCUCCCCCUUCCUGCGCAGGUCAACUAUCAACGCUGCCUGGCAUGCGGACGCCCUCUUGCACGUGUCCUGGAGAAGAUCAUCCUGGUCCUGACGUGACCGUAGGGAGGAGCGCGCCAGAGAUUGACGUCAUCGAAGCGCAGGUGCAGACUCGAGGCGGCACAAAGCACGUCUUCGCUUCGCAGUCGCUCCAGACGGCUCCUUUUGAUGAUGCUUACUACUGGAAGAACACGUCGGAUGUGGCAGAGGUGGUGGGCGAGUACACGCGGUACGUCGAGUCGGUCGUGUGCUACAGAAACGGGAACAAAGGAGCGUCCUCACAAACUUCCACUCUCACCCCACAUUUGCCUCCUUAGGUUCAACGACUACGUGGGUGGACCCUUGCAAGAAAGCGUCAGUGCACUCAGCCAGUGCCCGGAUGAUGGUUACACCAAUGCAGGACAGCGUUAUGUGACUUAUGGAAUGGAAUACAGCCCGGACUGGAAAGCCGAUGGAAGCGGUUCCGUGACGUGGUACGUCGAUGGCAAACGCACCUGGACCGUGAAAGGCGAUGCAAUCGGACCGAAUCCAGAUUUGGAUAUGGGCCAAAGGACGGUCCCGACUGAGCCGAUGACCAUUGUGAGUGCUGGAUCUCGUGUCCCAGCUUCCGUAUCCAGACGCGUCCGCUCAAGCUAUCACCAUGCUUCAGGUCAUGAACCUUGGGAUCAGCCCUCAGUUCCAAACCGUCAACUUGCAGACCGGCAAGGAUGACCUGAUCUUCCCAGCACAGAUGAAGUGAGUGCUGAGUGCUCCCCGACAGCCUUGAAACAAUUUGUCCACGACUCUGACCCGAGACUUUCCUUUCGCGGCUGUGCAGAGUGGACUACGUCCGCGUGUACCAGCUCGACGGUCAAGAAGACAGGGUGUCGUGCGACCCGCCUGACCAUCCCACGAAAAAGUACAUUGAGGACCACCUGAACCUCUACAUGAAUCCCAAUCUCACAAAGUACGCCGAUGCUGGCUACCCAGCAGUCAAGAACAAAAUCUUGACAGGUUGCUGA